AUGCUAGACAAAAAUACCUCCAUUACCCUCAACACACAAUCAAAUUAUCUUGCUGUUGAUUCUACUGUUAUAUCAACACCAGUGUGCCACGUCAGCAACAUAAAUGGAGAACAAUCACAGUUAGAGAAGUGCUCCAGUGCCAACUUACUAAAUGCUGCAAAUGAUGAUGAUUUAAUCAGGCUAGAACAGGCUGCUACUAAGGCACAAGCAGCUUUCAGGGGAUACUUGGUUCCUUUGAAGAAGGAAAAUGGUCAGAUAUCAAUGGUGCUUCUUUUCCAAAGUCAAGAAAGCAUUGCUGGAGUGAAAUUUAUGGCAACUUCUAUGACUUUACCUCUCUUGUUCGUCAACUGGAUAUUCCUAGUGAAAUAUAUGAAAAAAAGAUCUUCCCAGAAGCUCAUUGUCAAUUUUGUCAAGAACCGGGUCAUUUUGGGUAAAAGAAUGCCCAAAGGGAGCUCCACUUUCAACCAUGUCAGAAAAGUGUUGGAUUGUGAGAUUUACAGGAUGACUGUGUGA